AUGAAAGCAAUUGCCAAUCCGCACAUCAAGCGUUUUCUCAAGUACGGGCCCUCAAAAAAAUCGUUCAUCAAUGACGAUCCACGAUGUUUCCAUUCGACGUUGAAGAAUACCGUCAUCCUUCCUAUAAUAGCACUAGCGUCUAUGAUACCCGGUUUCGCAAUGAGCGAUUAUUACCCAAAUAUUGGCAACGAUUUACAUGCCUCUAUCAUAUCAACGAAGUUGGGGGCCGCCUUGUUUAUUUUGUUCAUGGGCAUUGGGCCAUUGUUCUGGGGAACCGUGUCAGAAUCGUAUCUAAGCCGGCGAUUCGCGUUCAGAGCAUCGCCAACGUACGUGAUUGCGGGCUGCAUCAUUACGGAUAUUUACCCUCUUGAACAGCGCGGUAAAGCAGGCCCACCCAUAGGACCCGUAAUUGGCGGUUUUUUGGUCACAGAUUGGAACUGGCGUGCAGUGUUUUAG